AUGUACAUAGCAACCUUGCCCUCUAUCAAUCUCCUUCUUUCGUCUCCGCGACCCGUCGAGAUCUACAUUGACAUAAUGCGCAAAAGCCGGCCGUCCGCUAUGAUGCGCAAACUCCUUCAGCACAAGCUGCACAACGCCUUAGCAGACCCUCCAGGGCCACCGUCGCCCCCAUGGGACAGUUCUGAUGAGAAUCCCUGGCCUGAAGACUCCAUCAGAGACGAAUAUUGCUUCUUAUACGGGACAUUAAUGGAUCCAGAUACAUUAUCCAAAGUCUUAGGUUCUUCAAUACCACCACUUAUGAUGCGCCCGGCUAGGGUUAUUGGUUACCAGGUCAAACUUUGGGGUCCAUACCCUGCUCUCCUCGAUGAUAAACCACUUCAUCCAGUCGUUGGAAUGGUGUGUGGCGUCUUAUCGCCAACGCAACUUGAUCGACUUGCCGCCUACGAAACGGAUAAAUAUCAUCUUCAGGGUUGCUUGAUUGACGUUCUGAAUGAUGACGGUAGCACGGAGAAAACCAUCGAAGGGGUCUCUUUCAUGUGGAAUGGCCGACAGGAUGAGCUUCGGGAGGGUACUUUUGACCUGAAGCAAUGGAGGAAGGAGAGACAGCUAAGUGAAUUGGAGUACUGCGAGUUACAGAAAUGUCCAGGUUGGUUAUAG